AUGGUUGACGAGCUCUCGGCGUGGGUCAGCCACUACCUCUGCCUGUUUCUCUCUCUAGUGCUCAUCAUCGCACGACUCAUUCUGCGGCGAAAGCAGCAGCAAACUUUCACAAGUGGGGACUACUGGUGCAUUACCGCGGGGUUUUCCAUCCUGAUCAGGUUGGUAGCGCAUCAUUAUGUGCUUUCGUACGGAUCGACACGAAUCGAGCGCGAAAAAUUUGAGAGCGUCUACAAAUUGCAUCUUCAGGGCAAUCCCGGAGGAGCUGAGAGGGUUAUGCUUGGAAGCAAGAUGGUGCUUUUCACAAGGACUCUACUAGUAUUCAUCAAUCUAGUCUCUGACGGCUUCGCUAGACUGUGGAGCGCAAAGAUAGCAGUCCUAGACCUACUUGCAAGCCUAAUCAUGCGACUCCCCUUUGAGAAACGAAUAUUGUACACUUACUGGGCAAUCCUGGCCACGACUUUCGUUGCAUCGAUCGUCACUGUGUUCACAAGCUGUGUUCCCCUCAGACUUUCGUGGGAAAUCUAUCCUUGGCCAGACGAGCGGGGACAUUAUCGACUGCCAGACAAAUGCGUUAUCGCAGCCCUUUGGAUCUACACAUAUGAGAUGAGUAACAUCUUCACCGACGUCAUGUUGAUGGCAUUAUCAUUCAGCAUAAUUUAUACCGUCCGGAUACCACUGUCGCAGAAAGCUCGGAUAUUAUCUCUCUUCAAUAUCGGCUUCGUCCUUGUCGGUAUCAGCAUCGCCCGCAUGGUCAGAGGACGCGCUUCCACCACGGAGGGCGGCCAAACAACCUACGAGUCUAUGGAGAUUCUCUUUAGCACCAUAGUUGCAGUCACCCCAACGCUAUACACGCUCCUAAAGAGCAAAGCCGAGAAAUCACCAAGUAACAUGGAGAGUACUGUCCGAGUACCCUCACUUGCUGGAUCCACCUACGAACUGGAGAAUGCUUUAAGUCAUGAAGACGACUCAAGUACGGCGGGGAUGUUCAUUCAUGUAAGGAAUCAAGAUUGGGGAACUGGCAAGUCUGCGCCGAAGAUAUGA